CUCAUCAUCAUUUGAAUCAAAUCUCAGAAAAUCCUCUUCCACUCAACAAACCCUCAGAAGAGCUAAAGCAACCACUAUGGCUUGCUGGUCUGCAGAAAAUGCCACAAAGGCCUACCUCAGCACUUUGAAAAUGGGUCAAAAGUGCAAAGAGCCAGAUGUAGCAGAGUUUAUAUCAGCACUAGCUGCAGGAAACAAUGCACAACUUAUGGUUGUGGCAUGUGGUGGUGCAGCUGACUCCACCACACUAGCAUUGGUUGCUGCUGCUAACCAAACUGGUGGCAAAGUCAUUUGUAUUGUCCCUAGCCAUGAAGAGCUAAGAGCUUCCAAAAUUUCCAUGGGAAGAAUGGCUUCUCAUCAAGUUCAAUUCAUGGUUGGAGAAGCUCAAGAAGUGCUUUUAGAGCACUAUGAUCAGGCAGCAGAUUUUGUGCUCAUUGACUGCAACCUUGAGAACCAUGAAGAGAUCCUUAGAGCAGUUCAAGAGGGUAGGAAGCAAAAUGGGACAGUGGUUGUAGGGUACAAUGCAUUUAGCUGCAGAAAGUCUUGUUUGGCAUGUGGUUCAAAAACUCAGCUUCUGCCUAUAGGAGGAGGUUUACUUGUGACAAGAUUUGGAGUGAGUGAAACAAGUCCAAAAUAUGGAAACAGAAUUAUGGGAAAAGUCAAAAGCCGUUGGGUUGUAAAGGUAGAUAAAUGCACAGGCGAGGAACAUGUGUUCAGGGUCAGAUUUCCUCAAAGGAAAGUGGUCCAAGCUUAAUCAUGUGCAUGUAUGGUAGUACAAUAUUAGCCUCCUCCAACUCCUCACCAUUUUGUUCUAGGCAAAAAUGAGUGCUAAAUUUUGCUUCUAAUAUGAAGUACUAGGAGUAAUUAGUCCUAUUUUACAAUAUGUAUAUACCAAAUUAUAAAACAUAAAUUGGAUAAAAUUGGUUGAAAAGUUUUGUUGUGUUUAA